UAUGGUCACGCGCUGAGCCACUGGCUUUAGUGUUCACUAGACCUCAGAUGCUUCUUAGGCUGAAUCAGCUCCUGAACCCAUGCCGGUCCAUCCUGCCGCCGCCGCUUUCGCUGCCACCUAACGCUUCCCGUUCCGAUUUGAGCUUCCCUACGGAAUGGUGAACUGAAAACUUCAGCACGGGAAAUCUUACCAUCCGGCGAUCCUAUAGCCUAAGUCGCUUCACCGUCCUCGCCCUGUUUCCACCAUACCUAGGUGUCGCAACCGCCAGCACCCGAAAAUUUCUUUGUUGUGAAUUUUUGUGGAGGCAUAGAAAUAGAGGAUUCUAAACAAUCCAAUUAAUCCAUUCGUAAUUUUUUUUUUUUGGUUUGUGUUGGUCAAUUAUGGAAGCGUCGGAUCAUCCAUGCGAUGCCGCUGGAGAAAAUCAGAGUAUUGCAACGGAGCCGUCUUCUUCUUCAACCUCUAAAGGCAACAAUGAUUCUGAAGCAAACUCCGAUCCUAUAGGGAAUAGCUCUGACGUUGUGGCCAAAGGACUAUCCACCAUGCUCUCCACCAUUAUUAGGGAUUUCGAUUACAGAGCUCGAGAAACCUUUAAAAGUCAAGACCAACUUCAUUUUGCGCUCGAUCGUCUUACACAAGAACUUGAUAAAUUACUAGAAGAUGCGCCUUUGCCAUUCAUAAUGCAGCAUGCUGCAAAGAUUUCCAGUGUUAGGAAAAGAGUUUCAUCUCUGAAUUCUCUUCUAAAAUCUAUUCAAGGGAGAAUUGAUAAUAUAGACCGCAUGCUAUUUAUUGGCACCACACAAGGAAAUUCUUGGAGUACGGGAGCCACAUGCAGUGAGUAACCAACCAGGAUUGAUCACUUUAUCUUGUCAGAUAGCCCAGGAGCUUCUUGGCUGUUCUGGCUUGAUAUGGAACGCCUGUAAACUCUGCAGCUAGGACCACUGGAGAUUUUGACGGUCAUUAUUGUUUUAGUGGCUAUAAUAUGAUUAAAACUAGGCUGCGAAGAACUGAUUUACUGUUCCUUAAAGAAAAGCACCUUGAAGUGAAUGGAAUUCGACCAAUAGACAAGUAGAUAUGUCCAAGAACGCGACCAUAUGAUUUGGAUUAGUUGUAACUCAACGAAACCAAAGGCUAGGCUAGGAAAUGGUGUCUGUAGCAUCAUUAUAUAGGCGUUGGAGGUUGGUUUUAGAGACCUAUGCCUGUGAAGAUAACAGGAAUGUCAUACACGCCCAAGGAUACAAGAUAUUUUUGUAAUAAACAAAUAAAGUGGUGAUAUUGUUUGGAUUUACUGUUACAUAGGAGAUAACCUUUUUUGCAGUAGCAUUGAAUAGCAUAUUCCAAUGCUUUGUAACCUAAGGACUCGUGUCUUCAAAAUCCUUCUCUAGCAUAGAUCUAAUUGAUAAUUUGUAUACUUGACACAUUUUUAAUCCAUAAUCUAAAUACUAAUACUUUUCUAUUUGUA